AUGUCCUCGCCAAACACGAACGCCGCCACCGCCGCCGGAUCGUCGAACGGAUCCGGCGCAGCCGAAUCGCCGUUACCGUUCUGCCACGCGGUGUGGGAGGACGCCGCGCCAGGAAGCCUCGCGGCGCGGCUGCUAUCGUCGUCGACGGAGGAGCUCUUCGACGUCCCUGGCGACGACGGCAUUCCCUUGGAUGCCUGCGGAGACGCCACGCUGCGCCAGACCUCUGAUCCGCACCACCAUCCCUCGCCGUUCGGCUCGGACGAUCUCCAGUCUUGGCAGGCUGUUGACGCCGACCAAGCCGCGCCCGUCAUGUCCGGCAAGUUGCCGCGGCUUGCCAGCCUGCAAAGUCAGCACUUCCAGGCCGCCGUUGAAUCUCAUCAGAUGGGCGGUCAGCCAUUGCAGCGACUCUUAUCGCAGAGCUCGAUCGGCAGCAACUGCAGCGGCCCGUUCCAUCACGCCGCGCUUGCCGUCCACUUACACUCCGAGACCUUCUCCGUAGACGGCGGCACAUCUUCCGCCGGUCCCGCCGGCGGCCAAGACGGGCAUUCGACAACGCCCACGGGGCUUGCCGCGUACCUUCUCUCGGCUCCUCUCGAGGCGCUUUUCGACGUCCCCGAGGAGGAAGAUCCCGCCGCGCUCUCCGCAGCUGGCGCAGGGCCUGACGGCGAGUCGAGCGCGAGUGGACUGAGAUUAUAUCUCCUCGCGAUGCAGCGAGGCGAGACGCCGCCUUUGCCGCCGCAGCACCCAUCGGGCAUGUUCUCUCCGAACCCCUCGUCCUCCGCCGCAUCUGCCGCUGCUGCUGAAAUGUACGUUAACUAUCCCGGGCCCAUCUUCUCCGCGCCGCUAGGCGCCGUCCCAGCUCGACCGAAAGGCCACCGCCACGGGUCGGCCAACGGCAUGCCACGUCAUAUCAAGCGCGUGCUGAGUUGCAACGACGCCCCGCCAGAUCAGGGUUUGCAAGGCGCGUAUGGCACGAGCGCAGUGUUUCCUAACGCGCAGGAGUCGUAUCACGCAGGAAGCCCCCGUCGCGGCACCGCCGCCGCCGCCGUUGUCGACGCCGCAGGCGCUGGUGCGAGCGGGGUUGUGAGGAGCCGCAGCACCAGUAGCGUCGGAAACGGCCCCGUUGCGCCUGUCGCUUGCGCCGGCGCAUCCAGCGGCUGGUUCCGGGCAUCCGGAUCCCCCGCGGGGGGCACGUCUUCCGCGCGCUUAAUCGCCGUUGCGCCUUCCGGCCAAUCCUCGAGCCGGGGGAAAUACGGAUACGCGUCGCAGCAGAAUCAGCAUUCCAGCCAGCGGCAAGUCCCCGGCGGCUCGUGCGCCGACUCCGAUCCCUGCUCCGCGUCUUCCGGCGCCGGUUGCGCGUCGUUCCUCCGCCCGGGCACGGGUAGCGCGAGCAGCAGCACGGGCAGCGACAACAGCAGCGGCAGCGACAGCGGCAGCAACGUCAGCCCGUGGCAGAUGGUGGGCGCAGCGGGGGGGAACGCGAGCGGGAGCGAAUCGUACGACGAGGUCUCCCCCCAUAGCGGCGCGUUUGUCCGUCAUAGGACCACGGGGUCGGUCGAGUUCACGCGGUCGCGCUCCGGAAAUUACGCCGGCGCGCCUAUUCUGUCCCCGCAGCACCAGCACCAUAACCAGCUGAUGCAACUGCAAUUCGGCGGCGCGUCGUUCGGAAGCAGCACGGGCAACGGCCAGUUCGGCGCAAUGUGCGGCGGCGGCGGGUACUCCGCGGGAGGUAGCGGAGCCGGCGGAGGGGUGGGGGCGCAAGGGGGCAGCGGAACGGAUCGAUGGGUGGCGCCCAUGGGUCCCGUGCUGACGCCCAUUGAGCAGUCACCCGUUACUUCUGACCGUUACAGCCCGUCUGUCGCUGCUAUCGCCAUCGCGAACGGAUCCGUGUCGUCCUCGUCGCAGCGAUCCACGCCUGUCUCCUCUGCUGUUUUCGCCCGCGUCUCGGGUGGUGCUGAUGCCGGCUGCAGCAGCCCGGCUGUAGCGGAGCUGACCCCGCAGGAGAGGAUGCUACAGCAGCAGCUGCAGCAGCAGAUGGCGAUGAUGAUGAUGAUGGAGGGGCCAGCCGCUGCAGCAGCAGCAGCGAUGCAGCCGUCGCAGAGCAAGGAGCGCCACCGCCACCAGCGCAACCUAUCCGGAAACUCCCCCGCGGAGUCCGUUACCGGGGCUGGAGGAGCGGGCCCUGCCGGACCUGGGAGUGUCAUUUCCGAGGCUGACAUGCGAGGCUUGGAGGAGGAGAUGCGGCAGCUGGAGGCGGACAUGGCUCGGCUGCAGGCGAACCCGGCGCGGCUGGCGCAGAUGAGCGUGCAGGACAAGCAGCGCGUGCAGGCGGCUGCUGCGGAGAUCGGCAGCAUGCGCGCGUGCCUGGCGCGUCGCUCGCCUUCCACACUCAUGUUUGACUCGUCCCCGGGCGCCAGGCCUUUGGUUGGGGGGAGUUAUCAUGGAGGUGCCGGGGCUGGGCUUGCGUUGGGGAUUGGGGGUGGGCGGAAAGGAGGCGUGUUUGUUGCUGGUGAUGUGGAUGACAUGUGA